GCGGCCCCCGGCCCCGGGGCGCGGCGCGGCGCGGGCGGCAGCAUGGUGGAGAAGCGCUGCCCGCUGCAGAGGGACGGCGUGUACCGCUGGUUCUCGGAGCUGCCGUCGCCGCAGCGCGUGGAGUUCCUGUGCGGCCUGCUGGACCUGUGCAUCCCGCUCGAGCUGCGCUUCCUCGGCUCGUGCCUCGAGGACCUGGCCCGCAAGGACUACCACUCGCUGCGCGACUCGGAGAUCAAGGCCAACAACCCGGCCGACCUGGGCAGCCUCACCAACCUGACGGACGAGGUGGUGCGCAGCAAGCUCCUGGUGUCGCUGGCGCUGCUGGGCUCGGAGCAGCGCGAGGCGGCGGGCGUGCUGUACCGCACGCUCACGCACAUCGACUCCAUCAUCCACAACUACGGGCUGCAGCUCAACGAGGGCCGCACGGGCGAUGAGUUCCUGCUGCUCUUCACCAUGGCCUCCAACCACCCGGCCUUCAGCUUCCACCAGAAGCAGGUGCUGCGCCAGGAGCUCACGCAGAUCCAGAGCAGCCUGAGCAGCGGCGGCGGUGGCGGCGGCGGCGGCGGCGGCGGGGGCCACGGCGGCAAGAGCGCGCUGCCCACCUGCCCGGCCUGCCACAAGGUAACUCCAAGAACCGAGGCUCCGGUCAGCAGCGUGAGUAAUAGUUUGGAGAACGCACUACACACAUCAGCACAUUCCACGGAGGAGUCGCUGCCCAAGAGGACUGUGGGGAAACACUCCAAAGUGAGUGUUGAAAAGAUAGACCUGAAGGGAUUGUCACACACAAAAAAUGAAAGAAAUGUUGAAUGUUCCUUUGAGGUCUUGUGGUCUGAUUCUUCAGUAACAUCAGUAACCAAAUCUUCCUCUGAAGUGACUGAAUUUAUGUCAAAGUUACCUCAGCUGUACCCUGAAGAAAAUCUGGAGAAAUUCAUUCCUUGCUUGGCUGGCCCAGAUUCCUUUUACGUAGAGCGAAGCCACAUGGAUCUGGAAGCGGACCUGAGGUAUUUGACUUCAUUACCUUCUCAUGUAUUGAAAAAUGACCACAUUAAGAAAUUUUUCAGCACUUCAUCUCCCACCCAACAGCUUCAAAGUCCAAGUCCUGGCACCCCUUCCCUUUCCAAAGUGGGCACCGUGAUGGGCGUGUCUGGAAGGCCCGUGUGUGGCGUGGCCGGCAUCCCCUCCUCUCAGAGCGGCGCCCAGCACCACAUGCAGCACUCGGCCGGCGCGGCCGCCUUGCCCCACUGCUCCCACGCGGGGGGUGCCGGCUCAGCCCUGGCCUACCGGGCCCAGAUGGACACGUCGCCCGCCAUCCUGAUGCCCUCCAGUCUGCAGACCCCUCAGACCCAGGAGCAGAAUGGGAUCUUAGACUGGCUUAGGAAACUGCGCUUGCACAAAUAUUACCCCGUCUUCAAACAGCUCACGAUGGAGAAGUUUCUGAGCCUUACUGAGGAAGAUCUAAAUAAAUUUGAAUCCCUCACCAUGGGAGCAAAGAAAAAACUCAAGACUCAGCUAGAGCUGGAGAAGGAGAAGUCAGAGAAACGGUGCCUGAACCCUGCAGCUCCACCCCCGGUCACCGGCAGCGGAGUGGCUCGCGUCCCCCCGACCAGCCACGUGGGUCCCGUGCAGACCGUGCGAGGCGCCCACGCUGCAGCGCUGCGGGUGGAAGUGGAGCAGCCCCCUCACCAGACGGCCCGGGAAGGCAGCUCCUCCGAGUGCUCCAGCUCCUCGCCCAGCCCGAUGGGGGUGCAGGCCCGGGAAGAGAGCUCGGACAGCGCCGAGGAGAACGACAGACGUGUGGAGAUUCACUUGGAGGGCUCGGACAAGGAGAAGCCCGUCAUGCUCCUGAACCACUUCCCUUCAAGCUCUGCCAGGCCCACGGCCCAGGUUCUCCCCGUGCAGAACGAGGCGGGCUCCAGUCCAUCGGGCCACCACGCCCUGCCCCCCCAGAUGAUGGCUGCGGCCUCACACCUGGCGCCCAUCCGGAUGCUGAAUUCCGUGCACAAGUCGGAGAGGGGGGGCGCGGACAUGAAGCUCCUCCCGCCUUCCGUGCACUCGCUGCUGUCUCUCGAAGAACGGAGUAAGCUCUCGGGACCAAGAGGCGGCAUCAAAGUGGACAAGAACUUCGGCCACGCUGUGAUCGACGCGGCCCCCACGCCCGGCCCCCAGCAGCCCCUGCAGGUCCUCUCCGCGCUUGCCGAGAGCAGCGCCGUGUCACCCACCGUCUCCUUUGGUCCCCGCGCCAAAGUCGUGCACACGUCUGCGCUGGACAGAGUCCUGAAGCCGGCCCCGCAGCCCGCCCCGGGCGGGGAGACCAGCACCGCUGCUGCGGGCACGUCCAGCACCGUCUUCCACGUGGCUCGGCCCCCCAUCAAACUCCUGGUGUCUUCAUCCGUCCCCGCGGAUUCUGCCAUUUCCGGGCAAACUCCCUGUUCUAAUAACGUGCAAAUAAGCGUGCCCCCUGCAAUAAUAAACCCCCGGACUGCCCUGUACACCGCCAACACCAAAGCUGCCUUCUCUGCGAUGAGCAGUGUGCCCGUGGGGCCCCUGCAGGGCGGCUUCUGUGCGAACAGCAACACUGCCUCCUCCAGCAGCCACCCCUCCACGUCCUUCGCCAGCAUGGCCACCGUGCCCAGCUGCCCGGCCCCCAGCUCCAGCCCCGCGCUCUCCUCGGCCCCCGAAAGCAGUUUCUACAGCGGCGGCGGCGGCUCCGGCUCCCCCGGGAACAUUCCCGCCUCCGCCCAGAACCACCACCACCACCACCACCAUCAGCAGCAGUCGGCGCCCCAGCAGCCCGCGCCCGCGCCGCCCCCGGGCUGCGUCGUGUGCACGUCGUGCGGGUGCAGCGGCAGCUGUGGCUCCAGCGGCCUGACCGUCAGCUACGCCAACUACUUCCAGCACCCGUUCUCGGGGCCGUCCGUCUUCCCCUUCCCCUUCCUGCCCUUCAGCCCCGUGUGCGGCAGCGGCUACGUGGGCGCCCAGCAGUACGGCGGCGGCGCCUUCCCCGUGGUGCACUCGCCCUAUGGCGGCGGCGUGCCCCCCGAGCCCGUGCUGGGCGGCCAGUCAGCCUUCGCCGUGCCGCCCGUGCAGAGCUUCAUGGCGGGCGCGGCGGGCGUGUACCAGGCGCCGGGGCUGGUGGGCGGUGGCGGCGGCGGCGGCGGCGGCGGCGGCCCGGGCCAUAAGAAGAGUGGCAACUUGUCGUGUUACAACUGCGGGGCCACGGGGCACCGCGCUCAGGACUGCAAGCAGCCGUCCAUGGACUUCAAUCGGCAAGGUACUUUUAGGUUGAAAUAUGCCCCUCCAGCAGAAAGUCUGGACUCCACAGACUGAUAUUUUCCUCUGGCAACAGAACACUAUUAAGCCAUGGAGACAUAAGGAAAUUAAAUACAAGACCGAGAAGUCUAGUUGCUGUUGAGCUUAAUAUUUUUAAUCCAAAGGUGCUUUACUUUACUAGACUGGAUAGAAAACCUAGUGUAGGAGUGCAUCAAACUCAGUUUUAUUGCCAAAAUCCUAGAUUGGAGCUUGACGUCAGGACUCGCCUGGUCGGCGCCUCCACCGUGGUCGCGAUGCAGAGACCUCCGUCUCCCGAGGAGCAUCGCCAUCCUCGGUCCUUCCAGGCUCACAUGUAAUUCCAGGGCAGCUACGCAAGAUCGGACUCGAGUACUGAGGGUCGGAGUUCCCUGCGUGGCGUUCCACCAGUCGGACUCUGGUCACCCCUGGGUGAGGGAAAAUGUCGCCUCUGUUUUGUUCUGUUUUUGUUUUGUUCUGUUCCUUGAGUGGUUAGACACUAAUCUCUCUGGGCUUUUUAAGGAUUGCACUACAGAAGAAUGUAAACUGAUGCCAGUCUCUGCGGUUUUGGGAGACAGACUCCCUGAGACCAGUCAGUGCAAGACACUCGGAGAAUCUGCGUUUAAGGAGUUGGCACCAGCAGGCCGCGUGACUUGGUACACGACAAAGAUGUCAGCGUCUCCUUCCCUUCUUAAAACACUUGCAGCAGUUUCAGGUUUUUCUUUUCCUUUUUUUUUUUUUUUUUGCGAAUACAUUUAAACUACGUUAUUAAAUAGAAAUAGUUACUCGCAACAACUUAAUAUCUUAAGGGUCCAAGUCCCAGAGAAUCCCUAGUUGUCAGAGCUUUGAGAAUCCUUCCUCCCCAGCCCGUCAGUAGCGUGGAGUCUUGGUCGUCUCCCACCGCGACGGAGCUCUCGCAGGGACAUGGUAACCGCUCGGCCUUCGUGGGCUGGCUCCGAGGGACGCUACGACACCCUUAGCAAAGUUGGCAAGUUCUUUUAUGUCACACGGAUCUCCCGAGGCCCCCAAGGCUGACUGCUAACGGAUUCACACUGGAGACAGACAUUUCAACAAUGAUACAGUCCUGUAACUUAGGAGCAAAAGAUUCGAAACGUUCUCCUGUCCACUUCUUUUGUAUUAGGCUGUGUAUUAAUGGUUAGUUCCGUGAGAAGUUACCUGGAAAACUACAAUAGAAAGUGGUAAGACUCUGAAAGAGGCCGCACCAACAGGACAGAGCCACAAGAUCUGCACAAGUGUGGUUUUAUCCAACGUGGGAAAGAAAUCCUCCCCACACAGCUCUCGGUGUCACCCCAUUGCAAUGAAAGUUGCUUGGUCUGAAAUGUAGGGACUUAAAUCUUCAAAGCUAAAGGGAGUUUUCUGCUCAAAUAACAAUAUUACUUUAAACACUAAAGCCUUCCAUAUUAAAAUACUGAUUGGUUAGGCCUUGCCCAGGGAUUUUGCAGUGGAGUACGUAUUAAAAAAAAAAAAAAAUCAUAAUACUCAGACCGUUCUUAAAAUGGGACAAUCAGCCUCAUGCCGAAUUGGUGUAAAUCAAAAGAAUACCCUAGAAUUUGAGGCACUGUGAUGUGAGGCUUCAAAUUUUAUGAUCCGUUUCCUGGCUGCAGAGAAACUAAAGCAGAGUUGUUACAUUUUUUAAUGAAAGGCUUUUAGUAGUUUUUUAGCGUUUUAUUUUAGUAGAGUUUCAUUUCUAUGCAAUGCAGAAUGGACAGACCUCUGUACGCGUCUCUCUUCCCAGUGCACAGUAUUACGUACGGUUUUGAAGCAAUGGUGAUGCUUACGGCAACUUUUUUGGGGGAAUGUGACAUUGAUCUCUUAAUUGUAAACACUACAAAAUGUCAAAAUAACGAGAACUGACACAACUUUGCCUUAAAGAGUACGAGCCUGGAACUUGUCAUAUGAUGUUAGAGGAAGACUUGGGAGUGUCCACUGAUGUUUACGAUUUUAAUAUUUCUGAAGGCCGUUAUGGUGGCCUGGACAUGUGCUGAAAGCCAAACUUUUAAAUUUUUUGGUUUUUUUAAAAAAAAAAAGAAAUAUUUUAAAUAAAUCCUAUUUCAACACGGUGAAA